CGCCUCCAGGAGCCUCCGGGACCGGCGUCGGCGCAGCGGGAGCAGCUGGGGUCUGCGCGCCACCGGGCAGUUCGGACAGGCGGCGUCCAGGAGCAGCCAUGUCUGUGCAGGUGGUGGCCCUUGGAAGCACAGGGCUGGGCCCAGAGCGCCUGAACCCCGAGGAGCUGGUGCGGCAGACGCGGCAGGUAGUACAGGGGCUGGAGGCCCUCCGGGCUGAGCACCAUAGUCUGGCCGGCCGCUUGGAGGACGCCCUGGCUGGACCGGGGCCUGUGGCUGGUGUGGAGCUGCUGGAAGAGAAGCAACAGGUGGUGAACCACUCACUGGAGGCCAUCGAGCUGGGGCUGGGCGAGGCCCAGGUGCUGCUGGCCCUGUCUGCACACGUGGGUGUGUUAGAGGCUGAGAAGCAGAGGCUGCGGGCACAGGCACGGAGGCUAGCCCAGGAGAACACGUGGCUCCGAGAGGAGCUGGAGGAGACGCAGAGGCGCCUGCGGGCCAGUGAGGAGGCUGUGGCCCAGCUGGAGGAGGAGAAGAGCCACCUCCAGUUCCUAGGGCAGCUUCGGCAGUAUGACCCACCUGAGGAGAGCCAGAGGCCCGAGUCCCCCCCUCGCCGAGACAGCCUGGCCUCUCUGUUCCCCAGUGAAGAGGAGGAAAGGAAAGGUCCCGAGGCAGCUGGGGCCGCAGCAGCGCAGCAGGGCGGCUAUGAAAUCCCGGCUCGCCUUCGGACCCUGCACAACCUGGUGAUCCAGUACGCCGGCCAGGGCCGCUACGAGGUGGCGGUCCCCCUGUGCCGCCAGGCCUUGGAGGACCUGGAGCGGAGCUCGGGCCACUGCCACCCUGAUGUGGCCACCAUGCUCAACAUCCUGGCCCUCGUGUAUAGGGACCAGAACAAGUACAAAGAGGCCACAGACCUUCUUGAGGACGCCCUGCAGAUCCGGGAGCAGACUCUAGGUCCCGAACACCCCGCGGUGGCUGCCACCCUCAACAACCUGGCUGUGCUCUAUGGAAAACGUGGGCGUUACCGGGAGGCAGAGCCCCUAUGCCAGCGUGCCCUGGAGAUCCGGGAGAAGGUCCUGGGUGCUGACCACCCUGAUGUGGCUAAGCAGCUCAACAACCUGGCCUUGUUGUGCCAGAACCAGGGCAAGUUUCAGGAUGUGGAGCGGCACUACGCCCGGGCCCUGAGCAUCUACGAGGCCCUGGGAGGACCACAUGACCCCAAUGUGGCCAAGACCAAGAACAAUCUGGCCUCAGCCUACCUGAAGCAGAACAAGUACCAGCAGGCAGAGGAGCUGUACAAGGAGAUCCUCAGCCAGGAGGCCCUGCCUGCCCCACUUGGAGCGCCCCCUGCAGGCACAGCCGGCGAAGCACAGCAACAAGUCCUACGUAGGAGCAGCUCCUUCUCCAAGCUCCGAGAGUCUAUCCGGCGCGGAAGUGAGAAGCUGGUCUCCCGCCUCCGAGGCCAGGGCAUGGCAGGGGCUGCAGGGAUGAAGAGAGCCAUGUCCCUUAAUAUGCUGAACGUGGAUGGCCCCAGGGCGGCCAGUACGCAGCUCUCAACUCGGCACCUGAGUGACGCCCCUCGGACCCUCAGCGCCAGCACGCAGGACCUGAGCCCGCGCUAAGUGGACCAGCUGGAGCGGCCAGCUUCUCAGGGAAGGGUGGUGGGUGGUCCCCCGCGCUGCACCUGCGCAUCGGGGUCCUGCUAGCCUCCCUGCAAUUAAAGGCUGUACACUGGC